AAGAAGCAACCAAAACAAUAACAACAACAAUAGAAGAGAACAGCGGCAAACGGUUUUUCGCUGCGCUUCUCCUAUUUUAAGUGCCGAGUGUUUUACUAUUUUUACUACACAGCGAAACAUACACAGAUACACAUAUAUACACAAAUACAUGUAUGUAUUUGUUGAUGUGUGAGUUGUGCUUCAGUCAACAAUAAAAACAAAAACAGUGUUUAAAGCUAGUGAAAUGAUCUUCCAUAAAUAAAUUUUCAAAAUUAAUUUGAGAGCAAAAAUGAAUUGAAAGAAAAUGCCAAGAAAGUGCAGCAAAAAAUCAACAACGAUGCUGUUGGAGAGUCGAAACUAGGCUAAAUAUCUUUGCAUACUUUUGGGAAAGUUGUGCGGUACACACACACACCCGUUCGUACACACACACACAGGACCUGCGUCUGCGGUCGCCGACUUUUGAACCUGUUUUCUGACCAUUGACCAUUGACCACCGACCGCCGUGCCGGCCGCCUCUUUUCACUUUUGGCAACGCGGACUGCAGCAGCCGCUGCAAAAAAUGCAACUGUAAAGGAAGCGGAAAGGAUGUGCACGAAAACGGCAUAAACCUACAAAACUAGCCAAAAGAGUUCAGAGCGGUGCGGUUCAACAGCCUCCGGGUGUUCGUGUCAAGCUCGAAAUUCGCAAAUUCGGCGUCAGCUUCGUGCAUCUGUAUCUGUGUAUCUGUAUCUAUAUCUGGUGCAUCUGUGUGCGGCCAUUCUGCAGCUGCAGCUCUGCAGCGGCGAAAAUUGUGUCAGCAGCAUCGGCAGCGGAUCCUGCAGCUCGCCACACUGGCGCCUCCAUCUCCGAUUGCCGGUGCAGCGGCCCAACUGCGUCAGAGUGUUGAACGUGCCAUUGCGAGAAUGCCUUCUCGCGGUCCCACGUCAUAGUCACCAUCAUUAGCACCGGGCCAUAACGACAUUGGCAACUUGCAACUAGCAACACUCCCAUUAGCAACACUAAUUGCAACUGCAGCAGCAACUAGCAACAGCAACAGCACAAAUCACAGCCAAAUCGAACGCAACAAAGCUUCCAGAGAAAGGCCAACGGGACAGCGAGUGCCCCAAUCACUUCCAGGAUAAGGAGAAGCCAUCCCAGUCAGUAACCAGCCAUGCAGUUGCUCCUCAAAUCGAUAUUCACCUGCGCACUAUUCGUGAUCUUUGUGUAUGCCACCGCCCAGUCGCUGCUCAAAGUCCAGGAGACAGAAGCGCGGCAGGCGUACCUCAAUGUUACCUCCUCCAGCAGUAGUAAUCUCAGCCAGGACGAUGUCCACUUCCUCAGCCGGCGACUGAGGCAGGCCACCGCUGGCGAGGAGGGCGACGAGGGCGCGCCGUCCCAAAUGGACGACGAGUUAGAACAGAUGACCAAGGUCCAUGCAGAAGCACCGGACGCGGAGGAGCUGCGCGAGUGCAGCGAGGGUCUUGUCCUGCCUCUCUGGAUGCCGCAGCGCAACAUUUCGGUGGGUGACCGCCUCGUCCGCGGCUUUGUUUACUUCGUUCUACUUAUCUACCUGUUUGUGGGUGUGUCCAUCAUUGCGGAUCGCUUCAUGGCCGCCAUCGAGGCAAUCACAUCGAUUGAACGGGCGGUGGUAGUCAAGGGACCCAACAACACCAAGCAGGUGAUGCACGUGCGCAUCUGGAACGAAACGGUGGCGAAUCUAACGCUAAUGGCCCUGGGAUCGAGUGCCCCCGAGAUCCUGCUCUCGGUUAUUGAGAUUUAUGCGAAGGACUUCGAGAGCGGUGACUUGGGACCCGGCACCAUAGUGGGAUCAGCAGCCUACAACCUGUUUAUGAUUAUCGCCGUAUGCAUGAUCUGGAUACCGGCGGGCGAGGUACGGAGGAUCCGUCAUCUGCGCGUCUUCUUCGUUACCGCCCUCUUCUCGGUCUUCGCCUAUGUGUGGCUGUGGCUCAUCCUAUCCGUGUUCACGCCCGGCGUGAUCCUGGUCUGGGAGGCGAUCGUGACCUUGCUAUUCUUCCCGCUGACCGUGCUGUGGGCCUACAUCGCCGAGCGGCGUCUUCUGGUUUACAAAUACAUGGACAAGAACUACCGGGUCAAUAAGCGCGGCACCGUGGUGGCCGGCGAGCACGACCAGGUGGAGAUGGAUGCGGAGAAGGGCCCCAAACAACCAAUGGUCACAUCCGCUCGCGGAAACGACGCCGAGGCCUUCGACGAGGCCCGUCGCGAGUACAUCACUUUGCUGACGGAGCUGCGCCAGAAGUACCCCGACGCCGAUCUCGAGCAGCUGGAGAUGAUGGCCCAGGAGCAAGUGCUGGCGCGGAGCAGCAAGUCGCGCGCCUUUUACCGCAUCCAGGCCACCCGCAAGAUGGUCGGCAGCGGCAACCUGAUGCGUAAGAUCCAGGAACGCGCCCACAGCGAUCUCACCGAGGUUAAAGCCCAGCUGCAUGCGGGCGACGACGAGGAGGUGGACGAUCCCAUCCGCAUGUACUUCGAACCGGGUCACUACACCGUCAUGGAGAACUGCGGCGAGUUUGAGGUGCGCGUGGUGCGCCGGGGCGACAUCUCCACAUACGCCAGCGUGGAGUACGAAACGCAGGACGGCACCGCCUCCGCUGGCACCGAUUUCGUCGGACGGAAGGGACUGCUUAGCUUCCCGCCGGGCGUCGACGAGCAGCGCUUCCGCAUCGAGGUGAUCGACGAUGACGUAUUUGAGGAGGACGAGUGCUUCUACAUCCGUCUCUUCAAUCCCUCCGAGGGCGUGAAGCUAGCCGUGCCGAUGAUCGCCACCGUCAUGAUCCUGGACGACGACCACGCGGGCAUCUUUGCCUUUACGGACUCGGUAUUCGAGAUCACCGAGUCCGUCGGCCGGUUCGAGCUGAAGGUGAUGCGAUACUCCGGCGCCCGCGGCACCGUCAUAGUGCCCUACUGGACAGAGAACGACACGGCCACCGAAUCCAAGGACUACGAGGGGGCCCGCGGCGAACUUGUCUUCGAAAACAAUGAAUCCGAGAAAUUCAUCGAUCUGUUCAUCCUGGAGGAGAGCAGCUACGAGAAGGACGUCAGCUUCAAGGUGCACAUCGGAGAACCUCGAUUGGCGCCAGAUGACACUAAUAAGGAAUCAUUUUUCAAUCGAUUUUUUGAAAAACACGAACAUUCCGGAGAACCCACUCACGAUGAAUUGGCAGCCAAAAUCAAGGAGGUCGAAAAAAAACCCGUUCAGGAUCUGACCGAACUGGAUCGCAUCCUGUUGCUGAGUAAGCCGAGAAACGGAGAACUGACCACCGCAUAUGUGCGCAUUCGCGAGAGCCAGGAAUUCAAGGCUACAGUCGACAAGCUGGUGGCCAAAGCGAACGUUUCUGCCGUCCUUGGCACUUCAUCCUGGAAGGAACAGUUCAAAGAUGCCCUCACCGUUAUCCCAGCCGAUGAAAGUGAGUUUGAUAACGACGAUGAGGAGGAGGAGGUGCCCAGUUGCUUCAGCUACGUGAGCCACUUCAUCUGCCUCUUCUGGAAGGUUCUCUUUGCAUUUGUGCCGCCCACUGACAUUUGCGGCGGCUACGUUACCUUUGUGGUGUCUAUAUUCGUGAUUGGCGUCAUCACUGCCAUCAUCGGAGAUGCCGCCUCCUAUUUCGGCUGCGCCCUCAACAUCAAGGACUCGGUAACGGCCAUCCUGUUUGUCGCCCUGGGCACAAGCAUACCAGAUACAUUCGCCAGCAUGAUUGCCGCCAAGCAUGACGAGGGUGCCGAUAAUUGCAUCGGCAAUGUCACGGGCAGCAAUGCGGUCAACGUGUUCCUGGGCAUCGGCCUGGCCUGGACCAUUGCCGCCGUCUACCACAGCUCCCAUGGCAUGACCUUCAACGUGGAGCCGGGAACCAUUGGAUUUGCCGUGGCGCUCUUCUGCGGCGAGGCCCUGAUUGCCAUAAUGCUCAUCAUGUUCCGGCGCUGGCACAAGGGCAUUGGCGCCGAGCUGGGCGGUCCGAAAGUAUCGAAGUACAUCAGCGCAGCGAUCCUGGUGUUCCUGUGGGUGUUCUACGUGGUCAUUUGCAUACUGGAAGCCUACGACGUCAUCCGGGUUUAAGGAGUUCGCAGCCGCGUUGGUUUGGCUAUGGCUUGGUUAUUCGCAAUGGCGUUGGACUUUUCCGUCAAAUUGAAGGAACCUUACGGCGGAAAAGGGAGCUAACCGAUACUUAGAUGCUAUCGAAAGAUGCUGUAGAUGCAGUUUUUAUAUGUAAACUUAUGAAAUUGAUUUAUAUAUAUAUGAAUGUGCUCGGCGCGAUAUAUAAAUAUUUCUUGUGUAAAAUUUAUGUUAAUACUAAAAGUAAAAUUUAAAAGUUUAACUAGGUUUAAGCCAGGCUUAUAUACAAACCAUUUUUACGAUUAUUGUCUCUAUUCAUAUAUGAAUUGUAAAUACAGAAAGGCUGCCACGGCUCAGCAAUCUUGUAACCGUAACGAGAUCAUUUACUGUUAUGCCAUAUAUACUUAAUUUACUUUCUAAAGAAUACGAUUAUGUUUAUUAUAUCAUUCUGUGUACAACUUAAGUCAUUGUUGUUGUUUGUUAAAGCUGUACUUAAUCGACCCCAUAAAAUCAAAACGGGAAAAUCGGAAUCCAUUUAGAGUUUAAAUAUUGUUCCGUACUUCAAACUCGAUAUUGUCUCUCCAUUUGCCGAAUACCAUUGUUAAUUUAAUACAUGUGUAAGUUUUAGAAGAGAUCUAAAGGUUUUAGCCUAGAAGAAACGCAGUCCCUCUAGCCAUCUACUACAAAUACUACAAAUAUAACUACUACUACUGAAUAGGGGCCUCCUUGACAACUAGUUCUAGUCACCUCACACUAUCGACACAUGUCCAACUAGCAACACUUUCAUUAACUCUGACCAAAGCAAAAGGCGGCACUACUUACUAGCGAUUAGCUGUUAGCGAUUAGCCAGAAAGACCAUCAGUGUGUCCACACUGCACUAUAAAGAACUACGAGUACUACCAGUGAGCACUAAUCAAUUUACUUAAAAAAGACUUUCGAUUCGCUUACGUCGCUGGUAUCGAAGAAGAGAAACCUGGAUAUUAAGGCAAACACCAAAACAAUAGCGAAGUAAUAAGGAGAAUUACUAGAAUUGAUUGUAAACCAAAUGUAACGAGCAGGUACAUAUUUUUUGUAUAAUGUUGUACUAUUUUUCAUAUAGCAAAAUUCUAGCAAAUUAAUGGUGGGAAGAGGAGCCUAAUGAUAUUUAUAGCCACAUGCAUAAAUUUGUAUUAUAUAUUUGGGGUCACACAACUGUAAGGGGAACUCGUUGAGAAAACUGCGCCAAAUGUAGACGUAAUUGAUUAUUAAUUACUGCAUACAUAUACGAACUAUUAAACAAUUUAAUAAAUAUACAAACAUCAAUAAAUAAUAAUGUACUAAGUUAUACUGUCAACGUUUACUGCUAGAUAUUAUAAUUAAAUUUCUUUUUAAAUUUAUUUCAAUCAUUGCCUUUUUAUUUUCCUUAUUAAAAACGAACUUCAGACGAUGAACACUCCUAGGUUUUUCAUAGAUCGCGAGAUAGAAAUUCAGUUAACAGACGGUUACAAAAAAUCGACCAGGGUCAGGGUAAGAAAUCCGUGGCAAGGAAAUCAAUAUAGUGCGAAUAAAGCGAAUAGUAUAUGAAUAGAAUAUGGGCAAGUGCUGAGGAGCAGUGAAUGUAACAAUACGACACAGAGGAUAACCAGAUAUAUAAGCAGACAUGCAAACAAAUUACCCAUAGACGAUUAUCUUUAAUGGCAAAGGCAAAUAAAACGAUUUAAGUGCUUCCGACAUAGGGUGUAGGUACUUCUAGAGAACUAGGAGUAGAAAGCGUAUCUGAAUGAAGAGAAAGAGCAUGUUACUUUAGUAAAUUAUAGUUUCCACUUUACUCUGAUUGCGUCCUUAAACAUUUUGUAUUUAUUUAAACAAUUUCAAAAUCAGUUGCACAACUAAAUGAUAGGGUUCGAAUCUAUAUGUCUAAUUUUGUAUGUCCCUAUUAAUUUGACGAGUUUUGAAAUCAAUUACAUACAUAUGUGUACCAUAGUUGAUAGAAUUCGAAUCUAUAUCUAUAUGUUUUGAUGGGCAGACGAAGCAGUUAAUAUGUAUGUGUAUUGUACAAUAUUAAUCAUUUGCUGUUUGUUAUCGUGUUUUUUCGAAUUCAAAUUAUACCUGCAUUUUUAAAUGUAUACUUAUGAAUGUGAUUUUACCCAAAAACCAAAGCAACUACAAACAUAUACUCGUAUUUACUAAACCGAUAAAGUAUGCAAAUAGUCGAAUAGAUCGACGAAUACCACAUACAUAUGUAGUUUUAUGUAGCAUAUGCUUGGGGUGACGAUCCACCGAUCUCACUAACCGUUUCUCUUCUCACUUCAACACGCUAUAAGAAAAUACCCAAUCGAAAGCUACAUAUUUGAAUAUAUAUACUCGUACUUACUAUAAGAACAUACCCGUUGUCGUAACGAAAGCUAGGAUCUUCUGAGAAUCGAAGGAGUAUAUGGCUUAUCGUAUUACCGUAUCGAAUCGAAUAGAGCCUAGGUUCUAGAGUUACUGGCAUACGAAUAUAUGUAUUCCGUGCAUGUUUACCAACCGAAUCCCAAUAAACUAACACAUUAAACCGA